CUUGAUGGCUCUCAUGCCAACUUCAUCAAACUCUGGAAAGAAGACGGGAUGGACCGCUGGCGUUGGGCAUAUGCAGGUGCCUCAUGCGAUGACUUUAAGAAAUCGGUUAAGACUCGUUCUGGUAGUCUGAAUAACUUCCGAUGUCUUGAGAAGGAUGGCAAAUUACUCUUUGAUACUAAUAUGGUUGUGGGACCAGCUGGUGAUAGCUCCAUAAUUACUGCGGUCAAGGCAAUUACUAGACAGCCAUGCUGUGAUCUUGGGCUUCCAGACUGGGGGAUGGAUAGGUGCUUGCAGGAAUCUGUUGAUGACGAUGCUGAGAAAAAGUGCUAG